CGUAUUUAGAUAUGGCCUCGUAGCAUCGGCUUGAUCCAUAAAAAGCUCCAGAAAAGAGAAUUAAGUCAUAGGAAAUGCCUAGACGACGUUUUUCUUCUUGGGCUGCAGUAAGUAAAUUGUAUGUAUAUAAGCAUAGAAAGCGUAUCGUUUUGAUAUGGCAUUCCGGGAGAGAUGAAGAGAAAUGACGAGUGAAGAGCAGAUAAGCCACGUGUCACUAUAAUACUCGGCGGCUGGCUGCACCGCCAGCAAACGUUUCUCGACCAGCUCCGUAACUUGGUCGAAUCGCCGGACUACGAAAACAAGGAUUCCGGCAGAGGAACUUAAUCGAGCAGGUUAUGUCUCACUACCAGCAGUACUUCGCCGAGAAAGCCAGAACGGCGGAGGAGGAUGUGUUUGUCUUGUUUUCGCCGCCCUGGCUCAGCUCAUUCGAGAGGAGCUUGCUCUGGUUGGGGGGAUUCAAGCCGUCAAUGGUGCUGCGGAUGGUGGACAGCUCGAUUGAGGACUUGACGGCGGAGCAGGCGACGGAGAUGGACGCGGUGAAGGGCGAGACGAGGCGGGCGGAGCGGGAGCUCUUGGAGACAAUGGCAAGGAUUCAGGAGAGCGUGGCGGCGCCGCCGAUUCUGCCGCUGGCGAGGAGGGUGGGGAGGCUGAUGGACGAGGAGACGCUGAAGACGGCGAUGAUGGGGGUUAUUAAGAGCGCCGAUGGGCUUCGCGGGUCGACGGUGAGGAAGGUAGUGAAGUUGUUGAGUCCGGAGCAGGUUGAAGAACGACUUACAUAUGUUACCGUUUUAUUUUUGUUUUUGGGCCUUCAUUUGAAUGUUUUAGGCUCAACUGGGCCUUUUUCUCUUUUUGGUUUUCUGUUCACUUGAAUAAUUUACGACUUUAUAAUGGCACGUUGCGCGCUUGAUUAAAAAAAUCUCGCCAGGCUCGUGUUUAGAGGUUAGUUAAAAUUAAGCUAUUGAUCUGUUAUGCUAUCAAAUGGUUGAAUAAUGCAAGUGAUUGGAUAUUUGAAAAAUAAAAUUUGAACUACUUGUAUCAUAA